CGAACUGCACAGAAAUGGUUCAAGCGUUUCAAAAAUCAAUAAAUUUUCAUAAUAGCCACAAAACCAGAUCAAAAAUACAAAAAAAAUAUAUAAAAAAUCAUUAUUUUAACACGGCGCACGAACUUUUUCCUCAACCUAAUACAUUUCUCGAUAUAUAGUAUUUAUUUUUUAUAUUAGAUUCUACAUAUGAUAUUAAUACAUUGACUGAGUUGACACCAACAUCCGAUCAUGAUAUUGAAACGAUAAGUAAUUGGUUAUCUACAUGUAAUACAAAAAUAUCGAAGACAAAUUAUUUUACUCAAGAUAAAAAAGUCGAUAAUCAUGAAAAUUUGAUAGAAAAUGAGACACUUUUACAAAAUAAUACAAAAAUUAUGACAACAAAAGUAUUACCAAAUUUAGCUUGUUAA